GCACUUCCUCGAAUCAGUGUAACAAACUUUCGCGGUGGUCAGACCAGACAGAUUCAGGCGAUAACGGAAGUCUGUGUUGGUGUUGGCAUGAACCUCCGCACUUGCGUUGCCUGCCAUGAUAUAUACAAGCAGACGUUUUGUGUCCACGGCAUUUAAUGUACGACUUUUGAAACAGUAAGAUAUGAUAGGCCUACAGGUCUGAACGUUACGCUUCAUUCAUAUCAAACGCCGAAAUCAUGCCUGCAUUUGAUUUGAAUUUGACCAUGGUUCAGAAUCUCACCAUGGCCUCCACCAUUGAAGCACCUUCUGAACUUCACUCAUACGGCGUUUUGGUGUUUGUAGCUUGCGUGUGGAUCAUCGUAGCUGUGUUGGGUAUAACAGGCAACACUAUGGUGAUCCUUACGGCGAUUCUUAGCGAGCAUAUCCGGACGACGACUAAUGUUCUAGUUGUCAACUUGAGUGUUGCUGAUCUGUGGACUUGCUUGUCCCUGCCUUGGUCAAGCGUGGCUUUGCUGAGUAAUGGUACCUGGCCUCUAGCUAGCAGGAUCCCAUGCCAAAUAGCGGCGUUCAUGUGGCACACCGGUCUGGGAGCCAGCCUGUACAACAUGGCUUUAAUUGCGUUGAAUCGUCUUGUCAAGAUAACUCGCCCGUUGGCCACCUACAAUUGCAUCUUUUCACCUCGCAAGAUGGUCUUCAUGGUAGCUCUCUCAUGGCUCGUCCCAAUCUUCGUCAUUAUCUUUCCACUUACUAUCGGUGUUGGUGGUUUAGGUCUUGAUCUCAGAGACAAAACCUGUACAGAUGAUGACUCACAUCCUCGUGGUGAUGAAUACGACCUGGCCCAAACCAUCGGAUUCUACCCCAUCCCCGUGACUACUGUCAUCAUCAGCUAUGCCAUCAUCUAUGUCCAUGUCAGGCGACACUUUAGCAAACGAAACUUUAAGAAAAAGGACCCAGCUAGAGAUGCCGUAGGUCUCAGUGCUGGUAUGGCAUCCAUGUCAAUGAGUACUUCAGCUGAGGCUAUGGAGAAGCGCGAAUACCAUCAAGGUGAGGAAAGAAAGCGCAGAAUCAGCCGUCAGCAGCUCACAAUAACCAAAAAUCUCUUCUGCGUCUUUUGUGCGUUCACGCUUUGCAUCUCGCCCUACUUCAUCUCGCUGUUCUUUGCUAUUAACAGAGAUGUGUUCGCACUUUACGGCGCUACCAUCUUGAUCUUCAACAGCUGUGUUAAUCCUAUCAUCUACGGAGCCAAACACCCGCAGUUCAAGAAGGUACUCCGGCCGAUGUUGCUGUGUAGGUGGCAGAAAAUACCACAGCCUUCUCACACGCUGAAGGCGAUCCUCUCAAUGCGCCAGAGAGAGAACAAAACUUGAAAACAAUUUUCUUGAAUGGUCAACACUAAAUUUGACGCUGCUAAGUAGACGUAGUUGCAUGCUAAGCAGCUCUGUGUACCAAGGAGCUUGGCCUGUGAUAUAUAACAAUUAAUGCUUAGCACUUUUGUUUUGUGUGUGUUCUUUGUAAACGUUUCUCUGUCUGCCUUUUGUUGACCCCUGUAUAAAUCAAUUAUCGACAGAACAUCCUUAAUCUUAUAUUAUUAUGCGGCUAUAUUACUGAAUUAAUCUGCUUGUAAAUACGUUAACAUGUAACUUUGUAUUUUACCGUUCUUCUCAUGUUUGCAAUAACUAAAAUUGUUAUCUGUAUAAUUAUUUUGAUAUGUCGUGAAUUUCUUAAUUCCUGCUGGAGUAUUGAAGGCAUUGUAAACAAUAUAGUGCCAAAAAUGUCCUAUCAAAAUUGAUGCUGUUGUGACACACUAACAAUGGUCUUCUUGUACUUUUCAAGUUACGGAAUUUUGAACUCAAACACCGUUUUAAA